UGUAAUGCUCGGGUAAGUAUGUAAAACAGAUUAUAGGACACCCAAGUUUAUUGAGCUUUUGAAUGUGAAAUAUUCAUAUUAACUUUUGUAUCUUGCAAGUAGAAAAAGUUAACGUCGAGCUUCAGAACAAAGACACGUGCAAUGUUCAUAACAAAUUCCAGAAGAGCCACCUUACCAACAGGGAAAAAUGAGCCGGCAGUCGCGUCUCUAACAACAAACCUAUAUCGAUCCCGCGACCAACUAAAGCUGCCGAGAGAGCAAGCCUCUCACCCCGUCCCUCCUCCCUCGUUAAACUCGCGAAUGUACAUACGUUGAACGAAAACGAACUAUAGAGCCAGGCAAGCCACGCGAGCGAACUAUACCAUCCAAAGACAGAUAAGUAGCGCCACGACUAUAAGCAACGUGCAGCAGUCAGUCGAUACCAAGUCGCUUCUUUAUAACAUGUCCGACUACCACGACGCGAUGUCGAGCUGCGAAGAUCCUCCUCCAACGACAACGACGACGACAAAGACGAUAAUCUUCCCAUCGAGGACCUCACCGGGCAUCCAAAAGUAGCUGUACUCUGUUUCUGGAUGGACAAAUGGCUCCAGGAGAGGAAGCUCUGGCUGUUUGGUAGCACACUACCCCUGCUGCCGCGGAGUGGGUGCAGGUCGCGGGCGCCUAGCAAGGCGAUGGAGCGGUACGAGCGGUUGGGCCGGCUUGGCGAGGGUAGCUACGGUGUCGUCUUCCAAUGCAGAGAUCGGCAGACCGGCCGCCUCGUCGCCGUGAAGAAGUUUCAACAGACUGAGGACGAUCCGCUCAUCAGGAAGAUCGCACUCAGGGAGAUUAGGCUGCUCAAGAAUCUGAAGCAUCCAAAUCUGGUGAACCUACUCGAGGUAUUCAGGCGUAAGCGUAAGCUGCACCUCGUUUUUGAGUACUGCGAGCACACGUUGCUGCACGAAAUGGAGAAGUACCCACACGGCUGUCCAGAAUUAAUGACGAAACAGCUCACCUGGCAGAUCCUGCAAGGCGUCGCCUACUGUCACAGGCUGGGCUGUGUGCAUCGCGAUGUCAAGCCCGAAAACAUUCUGUUGACUGCUGACGGCGUUGUCAAGCUCUGCGACUUUGGAUUCGCAAGGAUGCUCAGUCCUGGGGAGAAUUAUACAGAGUACGUGGCGACAAGGUGGUAUAGGGCGCCGGAGUUGCUGGUGGGUGACACGCAGUACGGCACACCAGUCGACGUCUGGGCGAUCGGUUGCGUUUACGCCGAGCUGAUAAGAGGUGAAGCGCUUUGGCCAGGCAAGUCCGACGUAGACCAGUUGUAUCUGAUCAGACGAACGCUGGGUGAUCUGCUACCGCGACACAUGGCCAUCUUCCAGCAGAACGAGUUCUUCGCGGGCAUCAGCUUGCCGACGCCACAGACCCUCACACCGCUGGAGACUGUUCUGCCCGAGACAAGUAGCUCCACGCUGCAGAUGGAUUUCUUAAAGAAAUGCCUAGACAAGGAGCCCGACCAACGAUGGACAUGCGACCAGCUACUGCAGCAUGUCUACUUUGAGAACUUCCACUUCAAAAUGCCGGAAGUGGAGACGGAAGAAUUCGAAAAACUCAGGAAUCUCCGCGAACGAUCCAGGGUUUGUCACACGACAACAAACUUUAGUCAGAUGGUUCUCCCUCAACUUCCUAAGGCUGGCGGCUACUCCCACGGUCACAAUCAAAACGACAGCCGUCCCCGGAGCUCGUCGCUGCAUCAUCAGCAGAGCUUCGAUCAUCUGCCCGUCAUACGGGGCUGAGUAACGAAAUCGGUUAUCUUCUAUGUCGAUAACGUUAUUACAUAUGAAUAUAGACUCUACUGUGAUUAUACGUAACAAUUCGACGAACGAUUGAUUUUUAAAAUGUUGAACUGUACGUUCGUUUCUCACUUGUAUUCUUUGGUGGUCUCCGUUUUUUCUUUCGCGCGCGCGCUGCAUUGCUGUAGAACGACGAGAUACAAUGAGGCACUUUUUUAUAGGUGCACCAGCCGCUUUUUUAAUGCUUGGAAAUACAUGUAAUGUGUACUGUUAUUUUUGUUCGUUUCAACGGCUCUCUAUAAUAUACUCAUAUCGAUCUCAUGACCUUGUACAUUGUCCCAUUUAUUAUGAUCGUUAUUAAUAAACCUUUUUAAAAAAUAA